AUGGACAUAAGUCUGGGCGAUAAAAAACCGAUUUCGGAUGAGAAAUGUGAAACCAAAUUAGAAAUCGAGGAUUCAGUUGCUGCGAGAACCAAAGAAAUUGCAAAACGCCCUAGACGUGAACGAAGCCCUCCUCCAAAAAGUAAAAAACCAAAAGAAGUUGUACCAAAACAACAAGACAAAACAAAAUGGACAAUGGAAGAACAAAAACAAUUUUUUUCUACUCUGCGAAUUUAUGGGAAAAAUUUUGAAGCACUUGGACGAUGUUUUAAUGCACGACGAAGUCUGGUGAAUCCAGAUGCACAAAAACGAACAAAUGGACAAAUUCGUUGUUUUUAUUAUCGUUCAUUUAGAACAGUUUCCAAACUCUGUACAUUGAGCGAUGAGGAAAAGAACAGUCUUGAUUCUCUAGAGCUUCGAUCUGUUUUGGCAUAUUUAUGUUUAAAACCAAAAGUGAAAUGUUUUGACAAGAAACCGACGAUAAUGGUACUGCAUCAGCUGAUUCGUAAUGGCAAUGCGUUUCUUCGUGUCAAAGGUCAUCGAGAACAUGUUUCUAUAAUUGGAAAAGCUCUAAAACCUCCGAAAAUAUCUACUACUAUAAGUUCGACAAAGCAAUCUGAUCGUUCAUUGCCGAAUCAUGUCAAAGUAUUACUGAGUCCGGCAGAUAGUUUUGCGUAUAUGCGUGUUGGUCUUGCUAUGCGCCAUCCACACAUUGAAAUGACAUUAUCUCAAACAACAAAGAUACUCGAAUUAGCUGUUAAAUUAACACAACAUUGGCAAUUGAAUACACAAGCAGAAUCUGCAUCAUGCUCUCAGUCAAAAAUUACUGAUGAACAACCCAAUGAAUAUCUUGAACAAAUUAUUUUAUAUCCACAUUGUCUCUAUUCAUCAUCUGUUCAUCAAGAAUCAUCAUCACUAGCAGCAUUAUCAACAAUGAAUAAUCGCACAAAAAAGAUAUUCAACGAACAAGUGAAAUCUCGGCGUUGUUCAAGAUCAGACUCAGAAAAGUCAUGUUCGUCUACAACGAAAUCAUUAUCUGCUGUUGAUAAUAACAGCUGUACUGAUAUUAUAUCAUCUACAACCUCAACAACAACGACUUCCAAACGAAACAAUAUGUCAGAAGGUGAAUUUAUGUACGAUUUACCAGCUCAAAAAAAAGUGUCACCACCGUCGCCAGUGUCAUCCUCAUUAUCAUUGACAUCGGGAUUAAAUAAAUCGAGUCUAGCACGUACGGCAAUGAUUAUGGCAGCAAAAAAAGCAGCAAAUAAUCAAGAGAUUGCCAAUGCCAAUGAACACGGAUUUAUGCUAUCAAAUUUGGAUAUGACCGAAGAUGAAGCAGACAGUAGUGGAAAUUCUCAUCUUUUAUUCAAACAUCGAUAUGAUACAAUUCAUUUGAACGAAGAGGUAUAUUCGGAAGAUGAAGUUGACUCGGAAAUGAUCGCUAUUCAUAACGAAAUGGAAGCUGAUACUGCAUUGCCGAGUAAACACGCCGAAACAACCACGGAUAAUGAUAACAUCAACACUCAGAUUCCAUCUACAACGACAACAAUAACAACUCCAAAAGUUACUAUGGCAGAUUUACGUAAUGGUAUAAGUCGAACAAAUAAUUUUCUCUCUUCGUUAACCAUCGGUCAAAUUCACAAAAUGUUUCAAUGUCCCAAAGAACUUCAUUUCGUUUAUAGUUUUACUAGGCGAAAUAACAUCGUCAAUAAAGACGAUGAUGAUUUAACAUUUUUACAUUAUAUUAUUCAAAUAGCUAAUCAAUGUUUAGUUAAUUUAACAGUGCAAAAAGAAGGAAAAAUAUCGACGAAAAAAUCAACCAAAAAACAACGUACAAAAUGUUUAUGUAGUUGUUGUAAUCAUCAUGGAAAAGAGAGUCAUCGUCGUAUACCAACGACAGCAACAACAAUUAAAAUUGUUUCAAGUUCAAAUGAAAAAAGUUUAAUAAAAACUGAUGUAAAUACAUUAUUACAAACGUCACCACAAUUACAUAAUGAUUAUGAAUCGAACUUCCAACAACAACACGAACAAAUUCAACGAAAUUCAAAUAUUGUGAUUCAUAUUCAACCAGUAGAUGAAUUGAGCAAUAUAUUGAUUCCUGAACAAAAUCUUGUUCCAUCAUUUUCUUGGCUAACAAAGUAUUUAUUAAUUGUUGAACAACAACAGACAACGAUUAAUUCUCUACUUACAACGGCUGUCACAACAUCCACACCCUUACCAAACAGUAACAAUAAUGACACUACAGCAACAACCGUUACAGCUUCAAAUUCAAAUAAUAUCCGAUUGAAUUCGAUAAAUUCUAGUAUUCAACCGUUAGAUGAUUCAUUGAUUCAAUCUUUAGCUGCCGAACAAGCGACAUCAGCAGCGAAACGAAUGAUGAAUGAUUCAGCCUUUUUCUCAGGUUACAGACGAGUUAGAAGACCGCUACGAUACGGUGAUCAAGCUAUUCGUGCAUCAAAUAUGCAAACGUUGCUUAGUGAUGCUGUUCAAAAUGCCUUGGCGGCUAAUAAUCUUACAUCGACAAAAACCCAAUUAGUGCAUGAGAAACAAGAUGAUACAUCGUUUUUGACCACAAUGGAAAAUGAUCGGCGAUCAAUGAACAAUGUUGAUUUUGAAUUUGAUCAAAAUGAUUUUUUAAAUGAUAACACAAAUAUGAGUACAAUGUCGUUAAGUACCACAAUUGUUAAUGCUGCUUUACAGAGCAAAGAUUCACGACUUCGAUUGGAUUGCGAUUGGCCAGAUGAGAUGUCUGAUCUUUCAAUGGGUAGUAGUUUUAGAGAUGUAUUAGAGCACAAUUCAACUUUACAAACAUCAGAUGAUAUUGGUUUUCAUAAUGUAAGAACAAACGAAGAUGAAUAUAUCUUAUUAAUCUUACUAUUGUUGGACUUAUUGAAUAUUCAAAAUAUUAUUGCUGAUUGUGGUGGCGAAUUUAAAGUAUUGUGCUAUUUUUCAUCGUGGACAGGAAUCCAUCCAGAACCAAAAAUUUGUACACACAUUGUAUAUACAUUUGCACGCAUCGAAGAAGAUAAUACGCUAACAGGUGUAUGGUCAAAUCCAUUAAAAGAAUUUAAACUAAAUAAAGAUCCAGAUGUAAAAAUUUUGUUAGCUAUAGGUGGUCAAGAUUACGCGAUAAGACGUGCUGAUGAAAUGAUGUCGAAAAACGAAACACGAAGUAAAUUUGUUAUAUCAACAACAAAACUCUUACGCACACAUGAAUUUGAUGGUAUUGAUCUCAAUUUUGAACCGUCUGAAGCAUUGGGUCUCGCACAAACACCUGGUCCACCACUUAUUGAAGAUAAAAAUAAAUUAACAAAUCUUUGUCGUGAAUUGCAAGAAGAAUAUACCGGAGAAGCUGAACGAACAGGACGUCAACGUUUAUUAAUUACAGUAACAAUUUCUGGUAUAAAAAAACAUUUAGAAUCACGUUAUGAUGUUGAAGAACUUUCAAAAUGUGCUGAUUGGCUCAAUGUACAAGGCUAUGAUUAUCGUGGUUCUCAGGAUAAAAUAGCCGAACAUCCAAGCUCGUUAUAUUCGGCUACAACACAUAGCGGUGCUGAUUUAGAUCUUAACCAAGCAGCCUCCAUUAGAUAUUUAGUUUCAUCGAAUAAUAUACAACCAUCAAAAUUACUGUUAGGUCUACCAGCUUUUGGUAAAAAGUUUCGACUAACAAGUGAUUUACAUGAUAUUGGCUCGCCAGCCAAUUGUUUACAAAGUGCCAGUUAUACAGAAUUAUGUCGUAAUUUAAUGUCUGGUUGGCAACGUGUAUGGUUAGAUGAUAGAAAAGUGCCUAUUAUGAUUAAAGGUGAUGAAGUGAUUGGAUACGAUGAUCCAAAAAGUAUAGCACUGAAGGUGAAUUAUGCUAAAGAUCAAGGUUUAUCAGGUAUAUUCUUGUAUCCGGUUAAUUUCGACGAUAGUAGUGGUCAAUCAUGCAAUCAAGGACAUUUUCCUCUGGUACAAGCAGCAAAAAUGGCUGUUGCCAACUAUACGGUCCCAUGUGUUGCACCUACUGAACCACUAUUGAAUACUACUGCGCUACCACGUAACAGGACAAAAUUAAUAACACCAAAAUGGAAAUUGUCACGUUCAGACUAUCUUACAAAUCAUAAUAAAUAUCACCGAAAAUCAAACUCGUCGUCACCAUCAUUCAUUAUAAAAACGUCAAUAAUAUUUGUAUUAAACUUAUGUACUUCUUCGUUGUUGAUCAUUAGUCUAUACUGA